UGGCAGGUACCAGACCGUGUCAGGGUCCACGAGCCAAUCAAAUCAUCUCGAUAGGCGGGGCAAACUUGUUGAUAAUUCCGUUUGACGUUGCCCCCAACUGCGCAGCCGCAGCCUGGGAACGAAGAUGGUGCUCGUCAAGGAAUACCGCGUGGUUCUACCUGUUUCUGUGGAAGAGUACCAAGUGGGGCAGCUGUACUCUGUGGCUGAGGCCAGCAAGAACGAGACGGGGGGCGGGGAGGGCAUCGAGGUGCUGAAGAAUGAACCGUAUGAGGCGGAGGGGGGAGAGAAGGGACAGUUCACACACAAGAUCUACCAUCUGAAGAGUAAAGUCCCGGGGUUUGUGAAAUACAUCGCCCCAGAGGGAGCGCUGACUUUUCACGAAAAAGCCUGGAAUUCUUAUCCGUACUGCCGCACCAUUGUGACGAAUGAGUACAUGAAGGAUGACUUCAUGAUAAAGAUUGAGACUUGGCAUAAACCUGACAUGGGCACAGUAGAAAAUGUCCAUGACUUGAAUGACAUUGAUUGGAAGGACGUGGAGGUCGUCCCUAUAGAUAUUGCUGAUGGAGAGGAUGUGGCCGCCGCGGACUACAAGCCGGAUGAGGAUCCGUCGCUGUUUCAUUCAGAGAAGACUGGCAGAGGUCCUCUGAGUCCGGACUGGAAGAAUGAGCUGAAAGCUGAAUGUCCUAACAUGUGUGCAUACAAACUGGUCACGGUCAAGUUCAAGUGGUGGGGUCUGUCAACCAAAGUGGAGCACUUCAUCCAUAAGCAAGAGAAGCGCAUCUUUACCAACUUCCAUCGCCAGCUGUUCUGCUGGAUCGACAAGUGGAUAGGGCUGAACAUGGAGGACAUCCGGCGGAUGGAAGAGGAGACCCAGAGAGAGCUGGACGAGAUGCGUCCCAAGGGAGAUGUGCGGGGCACCACGGCAACAGAAGAGUAGGUUACUCUAGAGAGACUGGAGACAGGCUGACUUCGCAAGGUGGGUCCGAUCCGAGGCAUGAGUGCUGCUCACGAGCAAUGAGGCCAAACAACCCUCCAACCCCACCAUGACGACGUCGUCGGAGACGGACCCCGUCGGAGCAGGCCGCGGGCCCGGGCUUCGCUCUGCCGCCUGUCACCCUUCUCACAUGAUUCAUUCUGGGGUUUGACCACAUUGGUAAAACAGUACUGUACAGAUUCUACUCAAAUCAUUAGCCUCCCCAUAACUCUGAAAAGUAAUACAGUUUUGCAGAAUUAUUUAAACGAAAAAAAGGACGAGAAAAAGGAAACUUUUUACACAGAAUGCAAAUUGCCUGAUAUUGAAUUAUCGUCUGGUUUAUUGAAAUGGUUUUAUUUAUUGUGUCUCACUCCUGGGCAUGAAUUAUGAGAUUCCCUGAUAUUUUCCCUUGUAGUAGGGAUAUUUCCUUUUACCUCUGUAAAUCUCCACUAAAUUCACCAUACCUUUCCUCCUCCUUUUAGCAAAAAGAAAUUCCCCUUAUCUCCCGUCCACUCUAUCUGGCUGUGGAGUGGAUCCUUUUUCUUUUUUUAAAGAAACAUUGUAAGAAACUGCAAAGACUAAUAGUGUAUAUAAUGGUGUAUGUAUUUUAGUCUCUACAAGAAAAAUUUGUGCUAAAGCCUGAAUUAAUAAGUUAAUCACUAUUGGUUUUUAACCAUGCCUACACACACACACACACACACACACACACACACACACACACACACACACACACACACACACACACACACACACACAUUCAACGCUUCAGCUAUCAAGUGCAUGUGGGAAACGACAACAACUGACCGUUUUGGUUUCUUUGGCAAGAGUGUCCCAUUGUUACUGUUUAUCCUAAUAGCGUUGACUCUGUUGACUUAAGAGAUGGAUAAGUGUCCUCCUGGAUCUUUGUAGAAGGUGUGUGUGUGUGUGUGUGUGAUAGACAGACAAUCUAUGUGCUCUUCUGUUUUUCAUGACCUGCCUUCGACUUUUUUAGGAUCGCGGAGGUAGGAUAGUGUAGUGUACGUGGUUGGAGUCUCUCCCCUCUGACCUCCCCACUUCCGUAGCCUACCUGUAAUGCAUCCUUGAGCAAGAUUCCCUAAUUCCACACCAGGCCAUUUAAUAACCCGAUAUAAAGAAUUCAUUAGAUAAUAACGACUGCUAUGUGACUCAAUGGUUAAUGGUUAAAGUAAAAAAGCGGUGCACAGUGGCGCAACAUACUCGCCCUUCAUUUCAAAGUAAAACCCUUGCCACUAAACCAGCUGACUGAAGUCCCAGAUGCAAUACUGUUUGUAUCUCUGGGAAGUGAGGCGGUAAUAUGGCAAUUACCACCAUAGGUGCCGCCAAAGGGAACAAAACGGAAAUCUUUGAGAUUGCCUCUUUAAGAAUUUCAACUUGGUGUGAUUGGUCUUCUGCUAAAAGGACACCUUGACUUAUUCUUUGUGCUGCUCCCUGUCAAACUGUCCUCACACUGUUGUGGUACGGAACCUCACCGUGGCAAGGGCUGAACCCAGUUAUGUCUGUGUUUGUGUGUGAGAGAUCUUUUCCCUUUUUAUAAUGCCUUUCACUUUAUGACUGACUGAACAUUGGCAGAUCGACAUAGCAGGUUACAGUUGACGAUAGUUUCUGUUUGAUGCAAGUCUUCUCUGUUUGGCAUGAGUAUACUUAUGGAUAAUUUCAGAUACAACCUUUCUUAUUUUGGGGGAAUUUGACUUAAGAAUGAGGUUGGCAUUAGAGAGUUGACAUCUUGAGGGUGUAGUUCAGAGUUCUUUCAACUCUAUUCUUUCAUAAAAAUGUAAAUGGAUGGUACUUAUUCACUGUAGUCAGUAUCUGGUAUCUUUGGCCCUUGUCUUGAUCUGCCACUAGGGGGCAGCUUCCCUCGAGUACAAACAAGUUCUUGAAUUAAUUUGGCCAUCUGGGGUUCUGUUAAAUAUCUACAGAGCAAAGGCUUCGUCCAAUCAUGUCUGUAUUUAGCUUGAGGUUUGGUGACGAUGACGGUUGCACUAUAGUGAUUUUCGUUUUAUAAAUCUGUUCUAUACUUUCAUGAGCUUUGGUGUUUGAGAUGCGAUGGAAAACAUUAUUUCUUUAGAGACAUGACAAACCAACGAGUUAUAUUUCCCUGACUAGAAGCCUAUAAUAAAUUAGAAGAAGCAUCAUCCUAUAAUGUAGAUAGAAGAUCCAUUCUACCAAUUAACAAUGGAAAUGUACUUGGAUUCAUAUUCCUAUGCUAAGACGUAAGGCAUUUAGCAGAUCUAGUCAUUUUCUACAUUGAAGUAGUAACGUCUAUAGUUAUAUUAAUGACCCUCGAUGACGCGUGCUAUUCCUCGUUAAAGACGGAGCAUGACUACGCACUGCUUCACAAGCCACAGUUUUCACUUUACCUCUCCCCGCUCCUGGGUCUACUGCGUCAUUUAGGAAGUGCAUGUGUCCAACUAAAAGUUUUUUUAUAAAUGCAAGACAACCCGAGAAGUCCAAUUUUAUAUCGUAAGAAAAACGAGCAUGGCGCGUAUCAUUGACGCACAGCAAAUGACCUGGAUGAAAGAACACGGUGUUAUGGUAACAACUCAAGACAUGGAUCGGUUUUGCUCGGUGUUUUUUUUUUUUUAUGCAAGUAUUUUCUAUCUAUAUUUGUUAUUCACGAUCGUUUUACGUUCUCAUCAUUGCAAAGCUAGAGAAAUUGUUAUUUUUUAAAUGGAGCUUUCAAAAGUAUGACUGGGUUUUUGAAAUGAAUAAAGGAACUUAUUAUGGGAUAGGACUGUAAAUGAUGCCAGAUAGGUCGACUGUUGGGUGAGGUUUAAAGGCUACAAGGAACAGGUUUAUUCCAUAACACUGUAUCUUAAUAAUCAUGUCAAAGCAUUUGCAAAGGCUACUGUUUCUUUAAUGUAUUUAUUUUGUUUGUUUAUUCGUGUUUCUCUUUUAAUUUCAAGACAAAGAAAAGAUUCACAAUGCACUCUAUUUUCUCUUUCAUUAAAAGAUGAAUUUCAGGGGAAUUGGUAGUGAAUGUAUAACUCUUAGUCGUUUGUCUUAUUUUCACAGUACUCAUGAUGUGACUCAAGGUCUAGAUAAUAGAAUAUCUAAUACAUUUGAACAAAUAAAAAGUUGUUUUGUUUAUUCUGCUCAA